CCGGGUCGAGCAUUCACCCAUAGAACCAAAUUGUAACUGCCACUGCAGCUCUGAAAUUGGAACCCCUUAAAAACCCUAAACCCCAACAGAACUAUCCAAUCACCACACUAUACCAAUUUCGUCACCAUGGCUGUCAAUGACGCCGAUCAAUCUCACAAAGCUCACAGGACCCGUCAAGCCGGUCCCAAGAAGAAGAGUAAAUCUAAGAAGAACCACGAUGCCGAUGACGGUCAGAUUAUGCGCAACCCCAAGGCUUUCGGUUUCUCCUCAUCCAAAAAAGUCCAGCGAUUACAAUCACGCGCCGUCGAGAAAGAACAGCGCCGCCUUCAUGUUCCCAUCAUUGAUCGCUCUUACGGCGAAGCUCCUCCAUUCGUCAUCGUCGUGCAGGGUCCUCCCGGGGUUGGAAAGUCACUUUUGAUUAAGUCUCUGAUUAAGCAUUACACAAAGCAUAACUUGCCUGAAGUUCGUGGUCCAAUUACAAUUGUAUCAGGAAAGCAAAGGAGGUUGCAGUUUGUGGAGUGUCCAAAUGAUAUCAAUGGCAUGAUAGAUGCAGCCAAGUUUGCUGAUCUAGCACUUCUACUUAUUGAUGGAAGUUAUGGUUUUGAAAUGGAAACAUUUGAAUUUCUUAAUAUUAUGCAAGUUCAUGGGUUCCCAAAGGUCAUGGGGGUUCUUACACAUCUUGAUGGAUUCAAGGAUGUUAAAAAGUUGAGAAAAACUAAACAACGACUCAAACACCGGUUUUGGACUGAGAUAUAUGAUGGAGCUAAAUUGUUUUAUUUAUCAGGCCUUAUUCACGGAAAGUAUGUCAAGCGUGAAGUUCACAAUCUGGCUCGAUUCAUAUCAGUCAUGAAGUUUCAUCCUUUAUCUUGGCGAACUUCCCAUCCCUAUGUUUUGGUGGAUCGUUUUGAAGAUAUCACUCCUCCUGAACAAGUGCAUGCAAAUAAUAAAUGUGACAGAAAAGUCACUCUUUAUGGCUAUCUUAGAGGUUGUAAUAUGAAAAAGGGCAAUAAGGUGCACAUAGCUGGAGUGGGCGAUUAUGGUUUAGCUCAUGUAACUGGUUUACCUGAUCCAUGCCCUCUACCUUCUGCUGCCAAAAAGAAAGGACUGCGUGAUAAAGAGAAGUUAUUUUAUGCUCCCAUGUCUGGCGUUGGGGAUCUUUUGUACGACAAAGAUGCUGUGUACAUAAAUAUUAAUGACCACUUUGUUCAAUUUUCAAAAGCUGAUGAUGAAAACACUGCUUCGACAAGCAAAGGAAAUGAAAGAGAUGUAGGAGAGGUUUUGGUGAGAUCACUUCAGAAUACCAAAUACUCAAUCAAUGAAAAGCUAGAGAGUAGCUCUAUCAAUCUUUUUAGCCAAAAUCCAAGAGUGUCCCCAGAAGCUCUAUGUGAUGUACAGGGUACAGAUCAUGCUGUAGAGGAGGAUAGUGAUGAAGAUAAUAAUGGAGUGGAUUCAGAUGGUUCAGAAUCAUCUGAUCAGGAUGAAGCUGAUGAGGCUAAUGGUUCUCUUGAUGAUGGCAAUGCAACAGAUGGUAAAGCUACAAACAGAGAGCACUUAAAUGAACGGAUGGAGUUUCACAAUGGAAGACAAAGGAGAAAAGUAAUCUUUGGAAAUGAUGUUGGUCAAAGUGAUCUAGUGGAUUCAGAAGAAGAUGAUGAAGAAGAGGAAGAGGAUGGUGCUGCCGACGAUAAUGAGGAAUCUUCCGAUUCAGAAUCUUCCGAUUCAGAAUCUUCUGAAGGGAAAGGAGAUGACAGUGACGAUGACACACAUGAUGGCAUGGGAAAUGUGUCAAAGUGGAAGGAAUCAUUGUCAGAAAGAACUCACGCCUUAAAAGCUGCUAGUUUGAUGCAACUCGUGUAUGGGGAAUCUACUAAUGAUUCGACUUCUAUGAAUAAAGAGAAUGAUAGUAGCGAUGAUGAAGAUGGCGACUUUUUUAAGCCUAUAGAAGAAGUGAAAAAGCAUAAUAUGAGAGAUGGACCAGAUGAUAGUAUGGUCGAUGCUGAGGAUUGUUCCAAGUGUGCCAAACUUAUAAGCCAGAAAUGGGAUGAGAAAGAUAAAGGGGAGAUUCAGAACCGCCGUUUUGUGUCUGGAAAUUUGGCAAAAGCUGCAUACAAAAAUGAACUGCAAAAAGCUAAUACUGAGGAAGAUGAUGAAAAUGUCUAUGGUGACUUUGAAGAUUUAGAAGCAGGAGAAAACAAUGAGAUUUAUCAGACAGAUGCAGUAGCAACAACACAUAGGGGAGUAGAUUUAGAAGCUGAGGAGCGAAGGAUUAAGAAACUUGCUCGUCGUGCAAAAUUUGAUGCUGAAUAUAAUGGUGACCCUGAGACACCAGAGGAAGAUGCUGUCGAAGAAAAUGAAGCCCAGUUCCAUCGUGAUCAACCCACUGAAAGUAACUAUUUUGAUAAGUUAAAGGAGGAAAUUGAGCAUCGAAAGCAAAUGAAUAUUGCGGAACUUGAGGAUCUUGAGGAGGAUACCAGAAUAGAUGUAGAAGGCUUCCGCACAGGGACAUACCUAAGAUUGGAGGUUAAUAAUGUUCCGUAUGAAAUGGUUGAACACUUUGAUCCCUACCAUCCAAUAUUGGUUGGAGGGGUUGGUUUAGGAGAGGAAAGUGUUGGAUACAUGCAGGCCAGGUUAAAGCGGCAUAGGUGGCACAAUAAAGUGCUGAAAACUAGAGACCCAAUUAUUGUUUCUGUUGGAUGGAGGCGUUACCAGACAACACCAGUUUAUGCUAUUGAGGAUCUCAAUGGAAGACAUCGAAUGCUAAAAUACACUCCAGAACACAUGCAUUGCCUUGCUAUGUUUUGGGGCCCUCUUGCACCUCCCAACACUGGAAUAAUUGCUGUUCAGACUUUAUCAAACAAGCAGGCAUCUUUUAGGAUUACCGCAACUGCAGUUGUCGUUGAGUUUAAUCAUGCUGCCAGGAUAGUGAAGAAAAUCAAAAUGGUUGGCUAUCCAUGCAAGAUAUUCAAGAAAACAGCUCUUAUCAAGGAUAUGUUCACUUCAGAUCUUGAAGUAGCUCGGUUUGAAGGCGCGGCUAUUCGAACAGUCAGUGGGAUUAGGGGGCAGGUCAAGAAGGUUGCAAAAGUAGAGAUAGGUAACAAGCCAAAAGGGAAGGGCGGGCAGAUCAAAGAAGGAAUUGCUAGGUGCACUUUUGAAGACAAAAUUCUGAUGAGUGACAUUGUUUUCCUGCGAGCAUGGACUCAAGUUGAAGUUCCUCAGUUUUAUAAUCCAUUGACAACAGCGUUGCAGCCUCGUGACCAGACAUGGAAAGGAAUGAGAACUGUUGCAGAAUUGAGAAGAGAAUUCAAUCUCCCUAUUCCUGUAAACAAGGAUUCUCUUUACCAGAAAAUUGAAAGGAAACCUAGAAAGUUCAAUCCAUUGGUGAUUCCCAAGUCUCUACAGGCAAAUCUUCCCUUUGAAUCAAAACCUAAGAACACACCCAAGCACAAAAGGCCGUUGCUUGAUGAGAGAAGGCAAAAGGGUGUUAUCAUUGAUCCUCGCGAGAAAAAGAUUCAUGCUCUUGUUCAACACCUUCAGUUAAUGAAAGGUGAAAAGAUGAAAAAGCGGAAGUUUAAGGAAGGGGAGAAGAGAAAAGCUAAUGAAGCAUUGAAAGCAAAAGAGGAGGAAUUGUCGAAAAAACGGCGGAGAGAGGAAAGGCGAGAGAAAUACCGAAAAGAAGACAAGCUCAACAAGAAAAUUCGGAGAGCAUAGGUUUGAAUAUUCGUUCUAACUUGGAAAUGGAACCAUCGUCUACACCUUUGAAAAAGGAAAACCCUUCAUGCUUUAUUAUUAUGGAAAUCAAAUAAGAGCAAGCUUAAAUUAUUUUGGCCAUCAUUCAUGGAGAUUACUUUAGAAAUGAUGGUACUGAUUUUUGGAAUUAUAUUUGUUUUGCAUUUAUUUUGUUGACUUUGACAUGAAUUGUAUCAUGCCACCUGACAAUUACUAUAGUUGUUUUAUUUGUA